AUGGAGGGCGUCCUGCACGUGCUCCCGGCCCACGUCGAGGAGCUCCUCCGCCGCGUCGUCGUCGACCCGGCCACCACGUGCCUCGUCAUCGAUACCUUCUUCGUGUGGCCGGCCACGAUGGCACGGAAGCUGGGCGUCCCGUACGUGUCCUUCUGGACAGAGCCCGCGCUCAUCUUCAACCUCUACUACCACAUGGACCUGCUCACCAAGCACGGUCACUUCAAAUGCAAAGUGAAGCUGAAGCUGUUUUGA